AAAUAGAAUCCUUAAGUGUGUAUAAGGCAUGGGGUACAAUAUAUGCAGGAGACAUUUUUGCUCGUAUUAGUUUUUUACAUGCUAGUUUUUGGUCGGUUUUGCGAUGGAUUGUGUUGACCAGACAGCCGAGUGUUUAAUGUUUUUAAAUGAUUGGUUUUAACCGCAGAAUGAGUACUUCUUUGGCUACAGUAUGCGUCUAUGGUGGGUAAAUGAAAAAGAUAACGAGCGUUCUUUGUGAAUACAAACCUCAUGAAACAAAGAACGAAAGAAUCGUCGUUCGCGUUCGGUUCUUUUUGGUGAGCGAACUAGUUCGUUCGCGUUCGGUGAAAAGAAUCGUUUUGCCCAUGCCUAGUUCAAAUGCUUAAAUACGGUGAAGGGGAAGACGGAAGAUUAUCUAGCGUACGCAUGUCGCGUCAACCGGGGUGUAGUCAACUUUGAGCUAGGCAAGUUGACGGAGGAACAGCUUAAAUGCCUUGUAUUUGUUUGCGGGUUGAAAGAUGAUAAGGAUGUGGAAAUUCGUCAAAGACUGUUAGUGCGGAUCGAGGAACGUCCUGAAACCACCCUGGAGCAUAUUACAACCGAAUGUCAACGCAUUAUCAACUUAAGACACGACAGCGCAAUGAUCGAAAGAGAGAACACCGAACAAGUCUAUGCAGUGAAGCAUAAGGAAACACAGUUCCAGCAUUAUCGAAGCAACCUGCCAUACGAUUCGAAACCCCCUAGCAGAUCGUGCUGGCUAUGUGGAGGACUACACUGGUCUCGAGACUGUACGUACCGUACUCACAAAUGUACCGAUUGUGGAAGAAUAGGCCACAAAGAAGGAUUUUGCAAAACGUACAACAAUUAUCGUCGGAACUAUAACCAAGCGAAUUUCAAUCGUCAGCAAGCAAAUACUAGAACGGUCUCAGUCAAUGUGCACAGCGUUCAGGAGAGAAGGAAGUAUGUACCUCUCAGCAUCAAUGGCAUUCACCUCCGGCUACAGCUCGACACCGCUUCUGACAUAUCAGUCAUUGGCAAAAAUACCUGGAAACUAAUCGGAGCACCCCCCCCUUUCCCCGCCAACAGUCGAUGCCAAAACAGCAUCGGGAGCAGUGUUGCCUAUAAUCGGCGAAUUCAGUGCCAACAUCACCAUCAAAGAAGAGCAGCGUGUCGAGACGGUUUAUGUUUCGCAAGCGGACUUGAAGCUGUUGGGAACCGACCUAAUCGAGGCUUUUUCCUUAUGGUCAGUGCCUGUUGACCAGAUAUGCAACGCCAUUCAAUCAUCAACGAAUAAGGAGCUACGACUACGUUAUCCCAAGCUGUUUGGAGAGGGCAUGGGCCUAUGUACAAAGGGAAACGUUACUCUGCAGCUGAAAGAAAAGUGUCGUCCAGUUUUCUGCCCUAAACGUCCAGUUGCGUACGCUAUGCUGGAUGCAGUCGACAAGGAACUGGACCGGCUGGAGAAGCUAGGAGUCAUCACACCGGUCGAUUUCUCUGACUGGGCCGCACCAAUUGUCGUCGUGCGGAAAGCAAACGGUCAGAUAAGGAUCUGCGGAGAUUACUCGACCGGUCUCAAUGGAGCCUUGCACCCCCAGGAGUACCCGCUUCCACUACCAGCAGAUAUUUUCGCCAGGCUAGGUAAUUGCACUCAUUUUACACAAAUAGAUUUAUCGGAUGCUUUCCUUCAGGUCGAAAUUGCUGAGCAGAGUCGGAAGUUUCUAACCAUCAACACGCAUAAAGGGCUUUACUCCUACAACCGACUACCACCGGGCAUCAAGGUAGCUCCUGCGGCUUUUCAACAGUUGAUGGACAAAAUGCUCAUUGGAUUGCGGGGAGUUUCCAGUUACAUGGAUGAUAUCAUUAUCGGAGAAAUCACACUGCGAAUAGUCGGCUACAGCAAUGUACAGUGGUCAGAGAAGCGGGGCCAGGGCAGGCAACGCCGUACGGUCUACUACACCGCCAAACGGGACCACCUGUCGUCGAUGAAGGUGCUCGUUGGUGCGCAACAGAAUGGCACGCCCACAGAACUGCCGGCCGGGGAGCACAUCUACGAGUUUGCGUGCGAGCUGCCGUCCCAUCUGCCCACCUCGUUCGAGGGCACGUACGGGCACUGCCGCUACACGGCCCAGGUCGUGUUGGACCGGCCGUGGAAGUUUAACAUAACGCACAAGAUCGGCUUUACCGUGGUACAGCCGCGCGAUCUGAACCUGCAGGCGCCCUCGAUCCGGUUGCCCAGCCGGAUGGAAGAUGCGCGCGUGUUCUGCUGCGGCUUCUGGCGCACGAAACCGCUGUUCGUGAAGGUGACCGUACCGUUCACGGGGUACGUGCCCGGGCAGGCCAUACCGCUCACGAUCGAUCUGCACAACCUGUCGUCGCGCAUCAUCGAGGGCGUUAACAUGAAGCUGCUGCAGGAGAUAACGUACCACGCGGAGUACCCGGCGAGCAAGACGCGCCGCGAGACGCACACGAUCGUGAAGCACAUCGGGGACGGGGUGGCGCCCGAGGCACAGAAGCAGUACGAGCAGCGGCUGGUGGUGCCCACGGUCAUACCGACCUGCGGCGAUCAGAAUCUCAUCUCGGUGGCGUACCGGUUGCAUAUGACGGUGCGGGUGCAAGGCUGCGGUUCGGAUCCGGUGCUGGAGAUACCGCUCAUUAUCGGUACGAUUCCGCUGAUGUUCCAGCAGCCGGCAACGGUUGCCGUACCGCAGGCGACGGCUGUCGGUGUGAGCAGUGGGCAGCAGGCUGGCUUCAGCUUCGGCAACUCAUCUGGCAACUCACUACCUUCCGCCAGUGGUUUGGUGCGUGAGCAGACACUUCCACCGGAGUAUUUGCCUCCACCAACGUACGAGGAAGCGAUGAAUGCAGCGGCCGUGGUAAUAACCGACGAUACGGACACCAACGCGAUUGGCACCAAACCGUACGUACCGCUGUACCCAUCGUACAACUUCAACGACAUCCAGUGGCCACCGCUGCCACCGAUGCCGGUGCAGCCACCGUUACCGCCAAAGCAGUGACCUCCCACUUGAUCGAUACAUCGUCGGGGCCAACCUAUAUCGUAUUACAAAGCUUUACUAUGACACGUGGCAAACUCUGAUGACAAUUUCGGUGGAUGAAACUUUUCCAACAAUUCCAAACGCUGCUCGGAGGAUCAUCUGCGAUCUUUAACACCUCAUUAUCUACAACAGUGAACCCAGAAAGCGAUGCUUCCAUCUCGUUAGGCGUGACGCAUUUUUUGGAGCAUUUUGUUUACUUCUACUCUCCCAACAUACCGUAGAGAUGUAUAUUUUGAAUCUCACUUUACAAUGUUUACAUGUUUACAUAGUUUUAAAAGCGCUGCACGGGACUGCAGGCGUACCAGGGAAUUGGUGGGAAUGAAAAGUGUACUUAAAAGAAGAAAAAGAACCUCUACGUGGCCUA